AUUUUGAUCGCCUUUUUUCCCUAUUUGUUGUCCUAGUUGAAAUUUUUGAUGCAGCCUAAAACUUUAUGGCCAAGCUAUCUUCGUGAUAACAUUUUAUUUAAAAAAGUGGUAAUAUGUCAACCAGUACCUUCAAUCCAGAACUAUGGAUGGUCCAAGCUCUUGAGCUAGCUCAAACAUCCCUAGAAAAAUCAGAAGUUCCUGUCGGAUGUUUGUUCAUAUAUAACGAUGUAGUUAUCGCUAGAGGACACAAUACCGUCAAUAAAUUUAAAAAUGCCACACGCCAUGCGGAACUGAAUUGUAUCGACCAAGUUGUGGAGCAGUUUAGCAAAGACGCAACCAAUGUUUUUCAUGAUACCAUUGUAGUGGUCACUGUCGAGCCGUGCAUUAUGUGUGCUGACAUUUUGCUAAGUCUGAAUGUCAAAUGCGUUUAUUAUGGAUGCGCAAAUGAUAGGUUUGGUGGAUCAUCAACGGUUUAUGAUGUUAAGCAACAUUAUUUGAAUCCAUGCAACAUCGUAGGUGGCGUUUGUGAAGAAAAGGCUCUGGUCAAGUUGAGGAAUUUUUACAAGGGCGUAAAUGUCAACUCACCCAUGACCUCACUCAAAAGGAAAAAGAUUGCUAAGUUGCAAGCUGAAAAUGGUUGAUUCGACUACCAUAUUAAAAUCAUGGUUUUAUUCAGCUUUUGAUCAAAACAACAUGCAGUGGUAAUCACUUCAUAACCAUGUUGAUUGUUUUUGGUUGUUAUUAAGAUUUUGAUGUGGCCAUUCCGAAUUCUGUGGGAUGGGAGAAGAUAAGUCAUUCUUGUCAACUGUCCUACUACAUACUGUUUUUAUUUUUCAAGCAUCACUGUUACCCGAAUGCCUGAACCUCUAUUUUUCUAUCUUGUUCAAAUUGACAUUGGUUGGAAUUACAUCUAAGCUUUUGUUUAAUAAAUCCAUUUUUCAUACUUUUC